AUGGCAAAAAUAACAGAGGCAACACCACUUUUAGAUUCAGAAUCAGCCAUUGACAAAAAGCCAUCGCCAUGGUAUAUCAUAAUUCCAGCAUUUGGAAUUGCCUUUUAUAAUAGUGCAUUGAUUGCACCAUCUGUUGAGCUUUUCACAAUGGUAUUUUGCUACAGAUAUUACCAACCUCAAACAGAAGGUCUAGAAGAUAUACCCAUUGAAAAUUGCGCUAUUCCAGAAGUUCAGUCUAUCGUAUCUCGAGCUCAAGCCAUUAUUAUGCUUGCAACUUAUCUAGCAAACCUCUUGAUGGCUAGUUAUUAUGGAUCAUUGUUGGACAAAAAAGGUCGACGUCUAGUACUCCAGAUCAGCUCAACAGGAAAUACUAUUGCUUAUAUUUUCUUCAUCUUGACAAUCAGAUACAUCAACUUCUUUGGCAUCUCAUUGUUUGUUGUUGGACCUAUUCUUUGCGGUCUUUUAGGUGGCGAUACUAUGUUGCUUGCUACUUCUCAGGCUUACAUUGCUGACUGUACAACAACCACUCAAAGAACAAUUGUGUUUGGUCAUUUUAUUGCAAGUCUUUAUUUGGGUGGCACUUUAGGUUCUUCCUUUGCUUCAUAUCUGAUCAAAUCAACAGGGUCUACUGAAGUCGUUUUUUGGAUGGCACUUACUAUCAAUGUAUGCCUUCAGUUUUAUGUUCACUUUGUUUUACCAGAAUCACACAAACAAAAGCAAUUGGAACCAAAUGAUCAUAAAACAACGUUAUUAAAGCGCGCUAAGUUCUUGUCUGCGCUUGAUGUAUUUUUUUCGGCUUCUUCUAAAUACACACAUCAAUACACUCUGCCCUUAGCUGCAUGCAUUUAUUUUUUAGCAUUGCUUGUUGUGCCUCCUAUACUGAUGUAUGCCAUGCUCAAGUUUGGCUGGACUGCUUACGAAGGUGGAAUUUUUACCAGUAUCGCUUUCUUUACACGCCUUUUGAUCAUGAUCGUUUUGCUUCCUUAUUUAUCUAAACUAUUUCACAAGAACCGUGCUUCUACGACAAAGGCUUCUAGUUCUUCAACUACGUUAUGUGAUGCAAACAAUGAAGCACAGUACAAAGAUGAACCACAAACUGAUCAAGAUAUCAUACACGCUAUCCGCUUUGACAUUUGGAUGAUUCGUACAGGUAUUUUUAUAGAAGCAAUUGGGCUUGUAGUCCUUGGUCUUGUCACGACACCUGGUGGUUUUAUGUUUGCCGGUGUUCUUCAAAGUUUUGGAACAUUAAGUAGUCCGUCUAUUCGCUCUUUGCAAAUCAAUUUGGUCGAUGCUUCUCAAGUAGGCAAGCUCAUGAGCGCUUUAGCUGUUUUAGAAUCCAUGUCAAGUAAGUACAUCUAA